AUGGCAAAUACCGCCCAGUGCUACUAUUGUUUCGAAAGUCUUUCCGCCUCGUUUGAGGACCGCGAGCCCCCAUCUCUGGCUGCCGUAGAAGUCCUCUGGGAACAGUACGAGCAAUCUAAGAAGCUCUCGAGCCUCCGAGGUCACAACGUGGACGGCUCGGCCUUCGACAGAGAGGAUGACGAUGAAGUUGAUGUUGAGCCAGUCUCAUUCCAGUCUGUAAAUGAGCAUGAGGCCGACCGUGACACCAAACAGUCGCCCCAGACAAGUAGUCGGCCUCAGGGUCUGAAACUACCUAACGUGAGCCGGCUGCAAAGUCAGGUAUCGUCGGAUUCGUCCAGUGCAGCUACAACGCCCUCUGCUACAUCCAACACUUCAUCGAACUCGCUUUUGUCCAGUUCUACCGCAAUGACAACUCCGAGCACCCAGUCAGAAGGAGUGGGCUCAAGAAUCACAUCCACCAAGCAGCGGUAUCCGCUCUUCGUGACUUGGAACACAGUUUCUCGCAAUGGGCACAAGACUUUGCGCGGGUGCAUAGGCACAUUCGAGGCACAAGACCUCGCAGCGGGGCUAAAGUCUUACGCUUUGACCUCGGCUUUUGACGACACCCGCUUUUCUCCAAUCCCCCAGUCUCUCCUCCCUUCCCUCUCAUGCUCCUUGACUCUUCUAGGAUCAUUUGAACCGUGCACUAACGCCAUGGACUGGGUUCUCGGCACUCACGGCCUGCGCAUUUCCUUCAUCCACCGCGGCCGCCGGUACGGUGCCACGUACCUGCCCGAUGUCGCCGUGGAGCAAGGAUGGGACAAAGAGGAGACUGUGGAGAGCCUGAUGCGCAAGGCAGGCUGGGACGGCGGCGCGGGCAGCGUCGCUCGGCGACUGCUGCGGACAGGCGGAAACUCAGGCGCCUCAAAGCCCUGGGAUCAGGUCUCUGAUUUCCGCACGGUUCGGUACCAGGGUCUCAAGGCGAGCGCAAGCUAUGAGGAGUGGCAGGAGUGGCGGAACUGGGUGCUCUCGCUCGAUGAUGGGCCGGAGAUCCUGGGCUCAGCCUGA